AGAUCGGUUCCUGCCUUCUCUGUCUCUCAGUCUCCUGCUCUCCGUUCUUCUCACGUUUAAUUCACUGAGGUCUGCUCAAUUCUUGACUUUUUCUGUCUGCUCAUCUGCUCACUAUCGUCAAUCCUUCAUUUUGUCUUUCUCUGUCUUGCAUACUUCUGGUUCGCUUCACUCUUUCUCUUUAAAUAUAUAUUUUCCUGUUUCCCUUCUCUCUCCCCCUGUUGGUUGGACCUUCUCAGUCCCUCCACCUCUUUCUCUCUCUCCUCCCUUUCUCCUCCCCCUAUCAGUUUCCUCCCCCUCUCUCUCCUCCCCCUAUUAGCUGCCUUCCUCCCUCCCUCUCUCUUUGGAGGGUGUGAGUUUCCCUCCGGUGCUGCUAACUCGGUUCUCUCCUUCCUGCUUUGGAACAGACACCGCUCCCACCAUUGGAAAACCAUGGGAAAAGGCUGCAUUAAAGCCACCAAGUAUUUUCUGUUCCUCUUCAAUCUGCUCUUCUUUAUUCUCGGAGCUGUUAUCCUCGGUUUUGGUCUAUGGAUUCUCCUGGAUAAAACCAGCUUCAUCGCCGUCGUACAGUCCUCAUCGUCUGCUUUGAAAGUUGGAUCGUACAUCUUGCUGGGAGUCGGCUCUGUGACCAUGUUGAUGGGAUUCCUCGGGUGCCUUGGAGCAGUGAAUGAAGUCAAAUGCCUUUUAGGAUUGUAUUUCACCUGCUUACUGCUGAUCCUGAUCGCUCAGAUUACGGCUGGGAUUCUGAUCUACUUCCAGAGGGACGCGCUAAAAUCGGAGAUAUCUGACAUCAUCCAUCAUGUGAUUGUUAACUAUGACCCAAACAUGGAGAAUACAGAGGAACAGUCAAAUGAGAAUUUUGGGAAAACAUGGGACUACAUCCAGGAGAAAUUGAAUUGUUGUGGUUGGAUGAGUCCCUCAAACUGGACGGAAAAUAGAAUCGUCCAGAACAUCUCAGUGACACUGUUUCCAUGUUCCUGUUACCAUAACAGAACAAGACAUGAGACCGGAUUCUGUCAGGGAGACAAGUUUCUGCACCAAAAGGGCUGCAUGUCUAAUGUUGAGGAUUGGCUUCAUCAGAACAUUGGCAUUAUCCUGGGCGUGUGCAUUGGAGUAGCUGUGACAGAGUUGCUUGGAUUGAUCCUCUCAAUGUAUCUGUGCAAGAAUGUGGAACAAGAAGAUUAUCGCAAAGUCCCUCGGUACUGACAUAUCUGAGCUGCUCUCUGUCCUCACGCCAAUGGCACAACCUGAUGUGUGUUGGAUGCAUCAGUGACCAAUCAUAAUCCAAUGGAUUUGCUGAACUUAUGUAUUUGCUUCACUGCUUGCCAAAUUUGCCUUAUAAACCUCAGCACUUUGGUUCUAAACUGUUGAUCAGUAUAUAUUUUGUAAAGAUACAUUUUCUAUUUUGCAGAACUUUCAGCAUGGCAUCUUCUUAAGGAGCUAUUGUCAUCAUCAUGUGAGCAUGCAAAUGAUUAUUAUCCCAAGGUUUUGUUAAGAGUCUGUAUGAGAAAGCUGGGGCUAGGUAAUGGAACGUACCUUUGGAAUAUAUGUAGUGUGAUAUAAAACUGCUUCAGUCUCCAUUCAGAGAGAAAACGUGUUGAAUUGAUGGUCCUGCUCUUCCCUGUUUGCUCAGUGAAUCAUUCUUCUGUAAAACACCAACUUUCUCUCAAAGUUUUUAAAAAAAAGUAUUUUGUAUCAUUACGUUGAAAAUGUACCAAAACUGUAGGUCUGUUCUGAUCUUCCAACCUUAGUAAAUAUUUUUCAAAAAUGAAA